GGAAUGGCCUUUUCCCAAGAAACUGACAUGUUAAGUUCGAGUCGGUUGCACGAGUCUAGUAAGCCCUCUAGAGGGUCACAUGGAGCUGCUCAGCUGAACCUCCUUGAGGGUGGCUGCCGGCAGGUCACCUGCAUUUUGGCAAUUUGGCAUCAACCCCCGCGAUUGCAUUCCAAUUUCCACCCUUAAUCCCACCUGUAUUCGUUAUUUCUGCCAGCGCCGCAUUGUGCAACAAGGGACCGACCUGAGUUUACGCAAGUGUGUGUUGAUUCUCAAAAACAUUCGGAUGGCUAGCCACGAUCAGGAUACUGCGCCGACCGUACAUCCGGACAGGGCGGACGAGGCCCCAAACAGAACGAUUCGCCUUCGGGAGCCGCCUCCACCACGACCUAUCGCGAAGACCACUCGCGUGAGAACUAUCGCUGCGAGCUUGGAGGCCGGAAUGUUCUCUCACAGAGUCCGAGUAUCCCGAGAUUAUACCUCUACAACCAUCACACGCCCGUGCGCCCGGUCAAACACCCAUGAGACUAUCCACACGUCGUUCGCCACUGUCAUAGGAUCCGGGGAAGAAGCGGUGGAGACCAGGCAGACCCUAAGGACCAAGAAGGCGAACGAGGGAUUCCCCGACAAGGACUACAUCGUGGUUGGAAUGUGGCAAGACGAACGGCAGCGGGUUCCGGAGGAAGUCAUCCUGCCAGUUCUGCCACCAGCUGGUGGACACCCUCAAGACGGACAUCUGUUCAAGCAGAUCAGAAGGGCUGAGCGAAAGCUACGACCCUGGGGUCGAAGGCUCCUCUCGCUCAAGAGAGUCGCCGGUUUCGGACUGUACCGGUGUGUGCCUUCUCACGGAUACCACAUCAUGGAUCCCGUCGACAACCGCACCCAGCGCAUCCUGAACGAUCUAUACCGCGACUACUCCGGCACGCACGACCCGGGCGACCGCUGGCUUACAUGGGUGAGGCAGGAGCUGAACGCGGGUGUCCUCGAUCCAGAAGUUGGGGAAUAUGCGCUUCGCCUGCUGCUCCGAUGGUCUGCCACCAAGAUCGUCUUCUGGGUCAUGAGUCCCGUGGUGCUGAGCCUGGUGAUUGCCUUGUGGUACAUGUACAGACCGCGAGGACCGGAGGCGGAUGAGGUGGCCGUUAUUCAGACGGCGUGGACCAUCGCUUCGUACAUCAUCACUGCCGCUGCACUGGUUGUUGCUGGUCUGGGCACGGUCACUCAGCUCGGUGAUUAGUGCUAGCACCAGCAAGUGGGCAAACGUCCAACCAAAAGUACCUUGGCAUCCUUUUCAUAAAUGACAAGCCGACUUUGGGUAGCCAACAAUAACAUGUUGCCGGCUCUGACGAGGCAUUCAUGUGAUUCUUCAGACGAAGGAAACCUGGUAUUGGAGGUUGGCCGUCCCGGAAAACCACCUGCGGCUGAGUGAGAGAGGCCGGACACCGUUCAAGUCACAUAAUGCUAAGAGUGGGAUGACUGCUCAUGCGCGCUUGCCGUGUGCUGUGCUGCCAUCCGGUGGAAGAACUC